UUCUGCAAGGCAGUGUAUAGGGGAGUACAAGUUGAAGUGAGUUUUGUUUUGCCUGUAGCCAAAAUGGCGGACAAAAUUAUUUAAAUGCCGUGUUAUUGUUGAUAUUUACACCUGAUGGAGCGACCAGUGCUAGAAGAACAUGACGUCAUGAGAGUUGUGUUCGAUGCUUAUGGCAUGCGCGUCACUAAACAGAUGUUUCUUGAUAGUUAUGAUGACGUCAACAUCCUCGUGCACGUUAGUGACUUGUCGACCAAUGAAAACAUAGUAAAGGUCUCACCAAAUGGUUAUGUUUUCAAGGUUCUCAAUACUGUCGAUUCAAAAAGAGAAGAAUUUGUUGACGUUAUGCAUGGAGCUAUUGAGUGCGUCGCAAGAGCUGAAAUAGUGACGUCACGUCCGGUUCUUACAAAAGAUGGAAGACAAUACAUUCUCCAACGAUUUCCUAACAAAACAGGUGAAACAAAGGAAUUCCUUGUUCGCCUAUUCGAAUUUGUACCCGGAGAAACACUGGACAACAAACCAUACACUGCGGAUUUGUGUUUCCAAGUUGGCAUGAUGGCGGCGAAAAUUGAUCGCGCGCUAAAGGACUUCUACCCAGACGCCCUGAAAUGUCACACACGUCACUGGAACCUGAGAGAGGUCGGUGAUUUAGGGAGCCUUGUUGAUGUCAUUGAUGAUGGUGAAGACAGAAAAUUGAUUCGUGACGUCAUACGAGAAUUCAAAACAAACGUUCUUGAAAAUAGCCAGCUGCAAAGAGGAGCCAUCCAUGGUGAUUUGAACGAAGGCAAUAUUAUAGUCCGUCGGAGAGAAACGCAAGAUGGCACCCUUAGUACUACUCCAUCUGAAUAUGGCGUCAUUGGUGUCCUUGACUUUGGUGACCUAGUUUACGAGUACCAUGUGUUUGAAAUAUCCAUUACAAUGGCAUAUAUGAUGAUUGAAAGCAAACACGGCCUUGACCCAUUAGACGCUGGCGGUCACGUGCUUGCGGGAUACUUGAGUGUCUUUGACCUUAAUGGCGCCGACACAAAGGUCAUAAAGGAGUGCAUAGCGGCUAGACUGGCCCAGUCCUUUACAUAUGGAGCGCUAGAACACAAGAAAAAUCCUUCAAAUACCUACUGUUUAAAAACUGCAGAUCGUGGAUGGCCAGUGUUAAGAAAACUUUGGAGUAUGUCGAAAAAAGAGUUAUUCGGACAUUGGAAUGAAAUACUCAAAUGUUAUGAUAUUAAAAGUUUGGUAUAGAAAGCACGGAGUUUCGUCAAUUUCACGCCUAAAAAUGAAAUUUAUAACACAAUGCGUUUCGAAAAAUAAACAAU